AGCCGGCUGGGGGAGGGGGUGUCGGCGCACCGCGGAGUGCUGUGCUCAGAGAGCCUGGCGCUCAGAGCAGCCGCCUCCCCCUCCCCCUGCCAAGACCGCUAUAAGCCCCUUCUCAUCCCUCCUGCCCGGGCGGGGCGAGGAGGGUUGAGCUGCCCCAGGCGGGCGGGGCGGAGCCCGGAGCCCCACCGAGCGCUGCGGAGCGAACCUCACCUCCCUUCCAGGGCUCAAGUGUGAGUGACUGCCCCAUGUUGUGUUGAUGCCAGUCUGCCAUGCUAGCCUGUCUACCAGGGCCAGGUGACCUGUCCUUUCAGCUUCUUUCUCACACGCAGAUGAACACUGGACUUCAGAAAUGGGACACUACACAGAAAAUGAGAGCCGCUCACUGCCCUACCCCAGCCGAACUGGACGCGUAUGCUAAGAAGGUCGCAAACAACCCACUGACUAUAAAAAUCUUCCCCAACAGUGUGAAGGUUCCCCAGCGGAAACACGUUCGUCGUACUGUGAACGGCCUCGACACAUCAGCCCAGCGCUACAGCCCCUACCCGACUCAGGCUGCCACCAAGGCAGGCCUGCUUGCCAUUGUCAAAGUGCCAGCCAAAAGCAUACUCAAGGACUUUGACGGCACCCGAGCCCGAUUGCUCCCUGAGGCCAUCAUGAAUCCCCCAGUGGCACCCUAUGCUACUGUGGCACCCAGCACUUUAGCCCACCCCCAGGCCCAGGCUCUGGCCCGCCAGCAGGCCCUGCAGCAUGCACAGACCCUGGCCCAUGCCCCUCCCCAGACGCUGCAGCACCCUCAGGGUAUCCCGCCACCCCAGGCGCUGUCCCACCCUCAGAGCCUCCAGCAGCCUCAGGGCCUGGGCCACCCUCAGCCCAUGGCCCAAACCCAGGGCCUGGUCCACCCUCCGGCCCUAUCUCACCAGGGUCUCCAGCACCCCCCCAAUCCCUUGCUGCAUGGAGGUCGGAAGAUGCCAGACUCAGAUGCCCCCCCGAAUGUGACCGUGUCUACCUCAACUAUCCCCCUUUCAAUGGCGGCCACCCUGCAGCACAGCCAGCCCCCGGACCUGAGCAGCAUCGUGCACCAGAUCAACCAGUUUUGCCAGACGAGGGCAGGCAUCAGCACUACCUCAGUGUGUGAGGGCCAGAUCGCCAACCCCAGCCCCAUUAGUCGCAGUCUGCUCAUCAAUGCAAGCACCCGGGUGUCGACCCACAGCGUCCCCACGCCAAUGCCUUCAUGUGUGGUCAAUCCCAUGGAGCACACCCAUGCGGCCACAGCCGCAUUGCCUGCCGCAGGCCCUGUCAACCUGCCCACGGGCAUCUCUCGGGCCCCCACUGGCUACCCUAGCGACCUCAAGCCAGUCGCCUGGAACCAGCACCAGCUGGCCCACCUACAGCAGAUGUGCAGUGAGGCUGGUGGGACGCCGGCCCCUGGCCUGACAGGCAAGCAUGCAGCAGGACGCGAGUUGGCAGGGCCUGGCUUUGUGGGCAAGGCCCCUGCCUACCCGCAAGAACUCUGCCUGGCACAGUCCUUCCAUCUGAAGCCACCCCUGGAGAAGCCAACCCCAUCCCCACCCGUCAACGGCCUGGCAGCCCCACUGGCCUACCCCAAUGGUCACUACUUCCAACCCCUGUGGAACAACAUUCUACCCACCCCCAAUAGCGACAGCUCGGGGUCUCAGGACCUCGCCAUGCCGUUCCAUGGUGGGCAGCCCACGGGUGCACCCCUCGACUGUGGGACGGCUGCUGGGGCCCACUACCGAGCAGGGACCGGGGGCGGUCCAGUGGCAAGCCAGAACAGCUUGAUGCAAACGGUGGAUUACCUAAGCGGGGAUUUCCAGCAGGCCUGCUUUCGAGAACAGAGCCUGGCCAUGCUGAGCAAGGCCCACCGAGCCCCUGGCAGCCGAGCCCCUGAUCCCGCAGAUAGUCGAAAUCUUCAUAUUCAGCACCCUGGGUAUAGAUAGGGAGCCCUGGUGCCCUCCACAAGCUACACAUCAUACAUCACCCUCCUAGGUUUAGACUUACUUUUGAGUAAUUGGAUAGUUUCAAAAUUUCACCGCUCCAAUGUGAUCAUUCUUAUAUGUCUAAGAAAGGGAAUUUGGUGGGAUCUAAUUGAGGACAGCAGGGGAUCCCCUGUGCCCUCAUCCUCCCCUCCACCAUCCCCAGCAACUUCUGGGCUUAUGUGAGGACCUAACCUCAACUCCAGGCUUUUCUCUCUGCUGCCUCUCAGUCCCUUCGCCUUGGCCAUUUCCCACCAACCACCUCCCGUCUUUUCUUGCACCUCUGCCAGUUUUCCUUAGGACUGAGGUGUGGGGAAGGGAAGGGCCCUGGGGAAGGUGGCUGUGGUGCCCAGCCCCUUCAGCUAGGCCUCUCCCUGUCUGUCUCUGUCUUCUUUGGGACUAAGAAGCCAGACUUCCCAAGUGCUCUGGAAGCUAAUUCCUUAUUCACCCAAAGAUCUCAAAUUAAAACUGACCCAGUCUUCACCUCCUCCCACCCCUCUCCAUUCCUCAGGGCUUUGUUGUACACCUACAUUGAUUCCAGAGCCACUGCACUUGUCCUUGCUACACUCCUCAAGGGCACCCUGCGGGCACAUGGCCGUAGCCUAGAGGCAUGGGGAGAGGGUCUUUGUAUUGGCAUCUUAGUUCCUGACUGCCCCCUCUUCCGGCCCUAGGGAAAGGUAGUAAGGUAGUGACCAUUCAGCAUACCCAAGAUCCCUUUCUCACUGUAGUCUCCUAACACACCUGCUGCUCCCAUCCCUCGUGCCCCUCCAGAAACCAAGCAAAACAAAACAGGAUCUUGAGGAACUAACUAGGUAAAGGAUGAUCACAUUGGAGUUCGGAAUUAAAAACACCAAAAAAAA